AUGGUGAAACGACCCAAGACCGGCCAACAGGUGCGCACGCUCCCCCCGCGUGUUUCCGCCUGCUUAUCCCCCUUGCCCCCAUCUCCCCUCCCCCCGCGCCCGCCAAUCUCCCCCUCCCCUUGUCCCGUUGAUUCCCGCCAUGCCCCCAGGACUGCUUCUUCGGUCUUCUAUUUCCAUGCCUGCGUCCUCCCCACUGGCCCCCCUCCCACCCCUCUCCUGCCCUCCUGCCCCCAGGUGUGCAAGGAGUGCUUCUUCCGCCUCUUCGAGUCCGAAAUCCACGCCACCAUCGUGUUAAACAAGCUCUUCAAGCGAGGGGAGAAGGUGGCAGUGGCUGCGUCAGGGGGCAAGGACUCCACCGUGCUGGCUCACAUCAUAUCCCUCCUCAACACACGCCACGACUACGGGCUGCAGUUGUUUCUGCUCUCUAUCGACGAGGGGAUUACAGGGUACAGGGAUGACUCACUAGAGACAGUGAAGAGAAACGAGAAGCAGUACGGCAUUCCGCUCACCAUCCUCUCAUACAAGGACCUGUACGGGUGGACCAUGGAUGAGAUAGUCGCAACGAUCGGCCGCAAGAACAACUGCACGUUCUGCGGGGUGUUCAGAAGACAGGCCUUAGAUAGAGGAGCAGCCCUCUUAGGAGCGGACAGGCUGGUCACAGGGCACAAUGCAGACGACUUUGCAGAAACGGUGUUGCUGAAUCUAUUGAGGGGCGACGUGGCGAGGCUGAGUCGCUGUGCCGCCAUCACCACGGGGGAGGACUCUGCACUUCCCCGGAGCAAACCCACGUACGCGCAUUUCAAAAAGCUGGAUUAUUUCUCCACCGAAUGUAUCUACUCUCCAGACGCCUAUCGGGGAUUCGCCCGUGAAUUCAUCAAGGACCUAGAGGCCAUACGGCCUCGAGCCAUUUUGGACAUAAUAAAAUCUGCCGAGGAUUUUAGAUUCCAGGCUGAUGCGAAGAUGCCAACUCAGCGCACCUGCGACCGAUGUGGUUACAUCUCCAGCCAGGUACGGUUACAUCUCCAGACAAUUACGGAUACAGAUCCGGCCAGGUAUGCCUACAUCUCCAGCUAG